CCUCCUCCCUCUCUCUCUUAUUCCUCCCGAGUCCCUUCAGGCAAUAUCAAGGCCCUGUUGUUACUUUUUGAUUCGUUGCGACAGAUACAGUCUUAUCCUGACUCUGCCAGCCGGCUCUAGUGUUCUGCUCUGCGUUGUCUGUGUAAGAACGAUGUUUUGACUUGUCUCUCCCUUUAUAUCGAAAUCAACUCACCCGUAGCUCAUACUUCUUUUUCUUUCCUUGCCUCUCACCCUUCGCUUUCCCCCAUCCCUUGUUGGCCUCUUGCCUAAACCUGUGUCAAACAUGAGCUCUGGUAUCCCGCCCUGGCGUACCACGGCGGCAGCCCCUACUUCCGUGUACUCCGGUCAUGCAACCCCUGCCUAUACCACUGUUCAAGCACGCCGUAGUAUUACAACUGCAAAGGCCCCAAAUUCAGCCUCCACAUCGGCCUCAUCGCGCCAGGCAUCCACGGAAACCGCCCCCCGCAAACAACGAGUAGAGUGGCCAGAACCGGUUCGAUUGUAUGUACAACGCAGUUUUGCACCUGAAAAUCGGCUUCCCGGAGUCGAGCGAGGCGAAAUGGAAACCAAGCUCCGGGCUGUCAUCACCGAAGCGGCCGAGAAUAAUAUGCUCGAUAAGAUCGAUUGGAGCAACCUACCCCUGCCUCAAGUCAUGGUUCAGAAUGACCGAAACAAGGUCCUAGCAAGUCCUAGCGUAUCCAACUGGACCUCCUUCUAUUCUGCGCUUUCACCCUUGAAGUCUAAUACCAACGGGCUGGAAGAUGUGUCGAAGAAGAGAAAGUCGGUGGAAUACCAAGGGGAUGCGAACAACUGUCCCCCUUGGCGGAAAACUAACAAUCAAAGUGCUUUUGAAGAUCGAGUCACCUAUGCUCCAACAGAUAAGCGCCAAAGAAUAGAUCUGAAGAAUACUAGUAAGUCCAAAGCUAAUCUGGAAAUGCGGAGGAAACGGUUCGAAGAGCCUCAGGCAUCGAAUGGGUCGUCCUCUUCAUCUCGUGGUGCUUCACCGGCCCUCACGGCAAACUCCGGCCCUGUUGUCGGAACCUGCCAGGAGUUGGAAAAGAACUAUUUCCGCCUGACUGCCGCACCGAAGCCGGAGACUGUGCGGCCUUUGCAUAUAUUGCAUAAAACAUUGGACGUGUUGAAGAAGAAGUGGAAAAAAGACAACAACUACACAUAUAUCUGUGAUCAGUUUAAGUCGUUGCGGCAAGAUCUGACAGUGCAGCAUAUUAAGAACGAGUUUACUGUCAGUGUCUAUGAGAUCCAUGCCCGGAUCGCAUUGGAGAAAGGGGAUCUUGGUGAGUAUAAUCAGUGUCAGACUCAGCUCCGCGCAUUGUAUGCACAGCAGCUUGGCGGACAUCCUACCGAAUUUCGGGCAUAUCGUAUUCUUUACUUCAUUCAUACCCGCAAUUGGACGGCCAUGAACGAUGCCUUAGCCGAUCUAACCCCAGCAGACAAGCGGGAUCCUGCUGUGAAACAUGCCUUGGAUGUACGCUCUGCCCUUGCUCUCGGAAACUACCACCGGUUUUUCCAGUUGUAUCUCGACACCCCGAAUAUGGGAGCUUAUCUCAUGGACAUGUUUGUGGAUCGCGAGCGACUGUCCGCUUUGGCAGCAAUCUGUAAAGCGUACAAGCCCGACGUAAAAAUCCGAUUUAUCACCGAGGAACUUGGUUUCGAGUCCGAUGAGCAGAGCGCACGCUUCGUCCUGGAUCAUUCCGCCGAGGAUCUGCUCCAGGAGAAAGAGGGGUCUGUGAGACUCGUGACGGGGCCCCGGGCCGGCCAGCUUUUUGAGGCUGCCAAGGCCGAUGCUCAUCGGAUCGUCGAUAUCAAGGGCCAGAUCUAAGUUCAUUUCUUUUUCAAACUACCCUGCACUGUUUUAUGCUGCAUUGCCUUCUGGAUACUCUCUUGCGUACUUUCGACAUCUCAUUUUUCCUUUUCACCGUCAUGGUGUUUGGAGUCAUCAUCAUUAUUUCACCCCGUCGUAUUCUUUUCAUUUUGCGGCACACAAAACAUCAUUUUAUCGGCAUCGCAGGCGUCUGGACAUUGACUGGUUAUGGAAGUGAGGAGAUUUAUACCCAUUUCGACUCCAGGGAGCUUUGGUUGAGCUGUGAUUUUUUUCUACGGGCCGGAGUGGGUAUGAGACAGCAGAACAGUACAUCUAACCUUUAGUUCGAUAUUUCUCGGUAGUACAGUUGAGAAUACGAGGAC